UCGAUUUCCACUCCUUCCAACUCUUAUAUCCUGCACAUAACAAUCCCAUUCCGCUCCCAUGCAAUUUGCUACAACAAGUUUAUAACUUCAGCACCUCUUCUUCUUCUUCUUCAAUCUUUGGUGCCUGACCUUGAAAACCCCUGGCUCAAAUGGCUUCUUUCUCUGUUGGGAUGCACCUCCCCCCAACCCACGAUUUCAAGAAUCGCUCACUUCUCUCUUUAUCUCUUCCUAGCGUUCUCCUUCAGGCCCAGCCCUCACUCCCUUGCUUUGGCUCGUCUUUGUGUAGAACCAGGGGUACAAGGUUGCUGGGCAAUGGGGUUCUUGCUAGAGCUGAAGACAAGGCCAGGGGUUCAACAUCUUCUUCUUCUUCUUCGUUUGAGGAGCAGCAGGCUCAACCAAAUUCUGAGAAGCAACUAGAGGAGCUGAUACCAGACUCUGGGUCAUGUGAUCCUUUAUGUUCAGUGGACGAGACGAGUUCACAUGAUUUUGAAGCCACUUAUCAACCCAAGACUGAUUUACUGAAAGCUCUUGCAAUAUUAGCAGCAGCUGCAAUGGGUACAGUGGCAAUUAACCAUUCAUGGGUUGCUGCCAAUCAGGAUGUUGCUAUGGCAUUGCUAUUUGGAAUAGGAUAUGCAGGCAUCAUUUUUGAAGAAUCUCUAGCCUUCAAUAAAAGUGGAGUCGGAUUGCUGAUGGCUGUCAGCUUAUGGGUAGUGCGUAGCAUUGGGGCUCCUUCAACUGACAUAGCUGUUUCAGAGCUAACACAUGCAUCUGCAGAAGUCAGUGAAGUAGUGUUUUUCUUGCUUGGUGCAAUGACCAUUGUAGAGAUAGUUGAUGCUCAUCAAGGUUUUAAGCUGGUUACUGACAACAUAACCACUCGAAAGCCACGAACGCUCCUUUGGGUGGUGGGUUUUGUGACUUUUUUCCUUAGUUCAGUCCUAGACAACCUUACGUCUACUAUUGUCAUGGUUUCAUUAUUACGGAAACUAGUACCUCAGUCAGAAUUCCGCAAGUUUCUAGGAGCUGUUGUUGUGAUAGCAGCAAAUGCAGGUGGUGCAUGGACUCCUAUUGGUGAUGUUACCACUACCAUGCUGUGGAUACAUGGUCAGAUAUCCACUUUGCCGACAAUGAAGAGCCUAUUCAUACCUUCAGCCGUUUCUCUGACUGUCCCGCUGGCACUUAUGUCCCUGACUAGUGAAGUUAGUGGGAAGGGACAGGACUCUCCGAAUGUUUUGGCAUCUGAACAGAUGGCUCCUCGAGGACAGCUUGUUUUCUCAGUAGGUGUUGGAGCUUUGCUUUUUGUUCCAGUGUUUAAGGCCCUAACCGGUUUGCCUCCCUAUAUGGGUAUCCUGCUUGGACUUGGAGUUCUAUGGCUUCUGACUGAUGCUAUCCACUAUGGGGAAUCUGAAAGGCAAAAGUUGAAAGUACCACAAGCUUUAUCACGGAUUGACACUCAAGGAGCUCUUUUCUUUCUUGGAAUCCUUUUGUCUGUUAGCAGCCUUGAGGCCGCAGGGAUUCUUCGGGAAUUGGCGAAUUAUCUUGAUGCUCAUAUUUCUAGUAGUGAAGUGAUUGCUAGUGCAGUAGGAGUCGUAUCAGCAAUUAUAGACAAUGUUCCACUGGUUGCAGCAACAAUGGGAAUGUAUGAUCUGACCUCUUUUCCCCAAGAUUCAGAGUUUUGGCAGUUGAUUGCAUACUGUGCUGGCACUGGUGGAUCCAUGCUAGUUAUUGGCUCGGCAGCUGGAGUUGCAUUUAUGGGGAUGGAGAAGGUGGACUUCUUUUGGUACUUCCGGAAGGUGAGUGGUUUUGCUUUUGCAGGUUAUGUUGCUGGUAUUUCUGUUUACCUAGCAUUACAUAACCUCCCCAUCUCCCUACCCACAACUGUAGCUCAGGUUCCUUUCCUUUCCGGUUUGUAAAUCAUAGAGAGCUUUGGCUAGGAUGUCUCCCUGGCUUCAAACAAGGCAGUCAAAUGUGGCAAUAUGCAUGCAUUAUUCUAGUUAAGAUAGUGAAUGGCAAUCGAGCACGUUUGGAAACAUGGACAUGAUUCUUUUGAGAUAUAGAAAGUCAAAUGAAGAAAAGUUGAAUAAAGAUUUUGACAAUGUGAUGAGUUAAGAUUU